AUGGCUGCCUUCAACUCUGCUCUCCGCUCCGGCGCUAUCCGCAGCCUCUCGGCUCGCGUCGCUCAACCCUCGAUGCUCUCGCGAGCUGCGCGUGUUCCCAUUGCUUCUGCUGCCAAGAACUUCAGCGUGUGGUCUCCCUCGCGUAUGAUCCCCACCAGCGCCAAUUCUGCUGACUCCGUCCAGGCCAACCCUGGUGUCCCUCCUCCCGUCGAGAACAUUGGUGUCGACGCCGUCCUGCGCCAGAACCCGGCCUCGCAGGACAACCACACCACCACCAUCUUCCAGGAGUUCUCGCUCGAGGGAAAGACUGCCGUCAUCACUGGUGGUAACGGAGGUCUCGGUCUCGAGAUGGCGCUCGCUUACGUCGAGGCUGGUGCGCACGUCUACGCCGUCGACCUGCCCAAGGAGCCCUCGGAAGAGUUCAAGAUCGUGGCCGACCACUGCCGCAUCAUGGGCAAGCACCUCAAGUAUGUUUCUGCCACUGUCACGGACCACGACGACAUCAACGCCUGCAUGGACUUUGUCAUGAAAGACUCGGGCACCGACUCGCUUGAUGUCUGUGUCGCGGCUGCCGGUAUCCUGCAGACGUACGAUGCGCUCUCGUACCCCGUCGACGAGUUCCGCAAGGUGUUUGAAGUCAACACCACCGGUGUCUUCCUCACUGCCCAGGCUGCUGCCCGCAAGAUGCACGAGCAGAAGCACGUUUCAGGCUCCAUCAUCCUCAUCGCUUCCAUGUCCGGUUCGAUUGUCAACCGUGACCACCACUGGGUCGCCUACAACGCCUCCAAGUCGGCUGUACUCCAGAUGGGCCGUAACCUGGCCGCCGAGUGGGGUCCCAAGGACAUUCGCGUCAACUGCAUCUCGCCCGGUCACAUCCGCACGCGCAUGACGGCUGCUUACCUCGACUCGAACCCGCACUUGCUCGCCAAGUGGUCGAGCUCCAACCCUCUUGGCCGUCUGGGUCGUGCUCACGAGAUUCGUGGUGUCGCAGUGUGGCUCGCGUCGAGCGCCUCGUCGUUCUGCAACGGCUCGGACAUCAUUGUUUCGGGUGGCCACAACAUCUGGUAG